GGGGUGCAAUGCAGAUGUUAUAACCCAAGGGGCAGAUGUUAUUAACCCCUUCUUGUCGGGACGCCAGGGCGUGGUUUAGCCUUAACCACUGAAGAUAAUACCGCUGGCCCUGGGCUAGGCAUGGGGGCAAUGAAGACACCAACGCCAAGUUACGGACAAAUGGGAGCUUUAUUGAGACUUUAGACUUGAGGCCUCCAAUGCUCUGGACACACUCUCUGAGACGACUGCACUGGACCUCAGAAACAAGAGAGAGAGAUGGUAGCUCCACCCCUGGUUUUAUAGGGAAGCAAAGAAAGAUAUCACUGGCAGAGCCAAAAUGUCAAGCAAAGUGGAGUUGAUGAUAUGGUGCUACUCUCCAAAAUUACCGAGGAUGCCAUAGUGGAGAACCUCAAGAAAAGAUACAUGGAUGACUACAUUUUUACAUACAUAGGUUCGGUACUGAUUUCCGUUAAUCCAUUCAAGCAGAUGCCCUAUUUUACAGAUCGAGAAAUUGAAUUAUAUCAAGGGGCUGCUCAGUAUGAGAAUCCCCCACAUAUCUAUGCAUUAACGGAUAACAUGUAUCGCAAUAUGCUGAUUGACAGUGAGAACCAGUGCGUCAUCAUCAGUGGUGAAAGUGGUGCAGGAAAAACAGUGGCUGCUAAAUACAUCAUGGGUUAUAUAUCUAAAGUAUCAGGAGGAGGUGAAAAAGUUCAGCAUGUUAAAGACAUAAUACUUCAAUCCAAUCCUUUGCUGGAAGCUUUUGGCAAUGCAAAAACUGUCCGAAACAACAAUUCAAGUCGAUUUGGUAAAUAUUUUGAGAUACAGUUCAGUCGUGGAGGGGAGCCUGAUGGAGGUAAAAUAUCAAAUUUCCUUCUGGAAAAAUCUCGUGUUGUCAAUCAAAAUGAGAAUGAGCGCAACUUCCAUGUCUUUUAUCAGCUGAUUGAGGGGGCAUCCGAGGAACAAAAACAGAAUCUGGGCAUCAUGUCUCCUGAUUACUAUUUCUACAUGAACCAGUCAGAAACCUAUAAGGUCGAUGGAACCAAUGAUAAGAAUGAUUUCUAUGAGACAAUGAAUGCCAUGCAGGUUAUUGGUAUUUCAUGGGAAGAGCAACAACUGGUCCUGCAAAUAACAGCAGGAAUCUUGCAUCUUGGAAAUAUCAGCUUUCAAGAGCAGGGGAAUUAUGCUAUGGUAGACAGUACUGACCUCUUGGCCUUUCCUGCCUAUUUGCUUGGCAUAGACAAGGAUCGUCUCAAUGGCAAACUAACCAGCCGCAAGAUGGAUAGCAAGUGGGGAGGACGAUCUGAGUCUAUCACUGUCACCUUAAAUGUGGAACAGGCCACCUAUACUCGGGAUGCUCUGUCAAAAGCUCUGUAUUCCAGGGUCUUUGAUUUUCUAGUUGAGUCUAUUAACAAAGCCAUGCAAAAACCAUAUGAAGAAUACAGCAUUGGGGUGUUGGACAUAUAUGGGUUUGAAAUAUUUCAGAAAAAUGGCUUUGAACAAUUCUGCAUAAACUUUGUGAAUGAAAAACUUCAGCAAAUCUUCAUUGAGCUUACAUUAAAAGCUGAGCAGGAAGAAUAUGUUGCAGAAGGGAUAAAAUGGUCCCCUAUUCAGUACUUUAAUAACAAAGUGGUCUGUGACCUCAUUGAGAACAAGCUGAAUCCUCCAGGUAUAAUGAGUGUGCUGGAUGAUGUGUGUGCUACUAUGCAUGCCACAAGUGGGGGUGCAGAUCAAACCUUAUUACAGAAACUCCAGGCAGCUGUGGGUACUCAUGAGCACUUCAACAACUGGAAUUCUGGCUUUGUUAUCCAUCACUAUGCUGGAAAGGUCUCGUAUGAUGUUGAGGGAUUCUGUGAGAGAAAUCGAGAUGUUCUUUUCAUAGACCUCAUUGAGCUGAUGCAGAGCAGUGAGUACCAGUUUAUACAGAGCCUUUUCCCAGAGAAAUUGGAUUCGGAUAAGAAAAGUAGACCAACUACAGCAGUCUCAAAAAUCAAGAAACAAGCCAAUGACCUUGUCAACACUCUGAUGAAAUGUACACCUCAUUAUAUCCGAUGUAUAAAACCAAAUGAGACUAAAAAGCCUAAAGAUUGGGAAGAGAGCAGAGUCAAACAUCAAGUGGAAUAUUUGGGUCUGAAAGAAAACAUCCGUGUACGCCGUGCUGGCUUUGCUUACCGAAGAGUCUUUAAUAAAUUUUUACAAAGGUAUGCCAUCCUGACACCAGAAACAUGGCCCAAGUGGAGGGGAGAUGAGCGACAAGGAGUACAGCAUCUCCUAAGAUCAGUGAAUAUGGAUGCCGAUCAGUACCAAAUGGGGAAAUCCAAAGUGUUUGUUAAGAAUCCAGAAUCGCUGUUCUUAUUGGAGGAAAUGAGGGAGAGAAAGUUCGAUUCCUUUGCCAGAACUAUCCAGAAAGCUUGGAGAAAAUACAUUGCCAAAAGGAAAUAUGAACAGAUGCGAGAAGAAGCCUCCAACAUUUUGUACGGAUUUAAAGAACGACGCAGAAAUAGCAUUAACCGCAACUUUGUUGGUGACUAUCUGGGUAUGGAAGAUAAACCAGAACUUCGACAGUUCAUGGCUAAGCGGGAAAGGGUAGACUUUGCUGACUCCAUUAACAAAUAUGACAGACGGUUUAAGUCAAUCAAAAGAGAUUUAAUCAUGAGUCCCAAAUACAUCUACUUGAUUGGGCGUGAGAAAGUGAAGAAGGGACCAGAGAAAGGUCAAAUAAAGGAGGUGCUGAAGAAAAAGCUCGAAAUUCCUUCUAUUAAAAGUAUUUCUCUAAGCACACACCAGGAUGACUUCUUCAUCUUACAUGAGACAGAACAUGACACCCUUCUGGAAUCAAUGUUCAAAACAGAACUUAUUAGUUUGUUGUGCAAAAGAUAUGAGGAGGUGACCAAGAGUAAACUAACUCUAAACUUUGCGGACACACUACAGUUUAGGGUAAAGAAGGAAGGUUGGGGAGGAGGAGGAACUCGAACCAUUACAUUCUUGAGGGGACAAGGAGACAUUGCACAGCUUAAACUUGGAGGAAAAAUCCUGACAAUCACUAUUGGGGAUGGACUGCCCAAAAAUUCCAAACCUACACGAAAAGAAAGACUCCAAAACCGUGGACACAGACCGCCACCAAAUCGUCCAGCUCCUGCACCUCCAGGAUUUCAUAGAAAUGGGGCUGCACAGUUCAAUACAGAAAAGAAAAGAAAUCCAACAUACAGCCAAGCUAAGAAACACACCAAAGCUCCACCUACAACUGCUAUACCGCGACAGACUACCCCUAGAAAAAGCCGUGCUCCCUCUGACCACAAUAUGGAAUUCCUUAAUGUACCAGACCAAGGUGUAGCUGGGGCACAGAGAAGAAAAAGUGUAACUCAGAGGCCACCACCAGCAGUGGGUCGGCCCAAACCUCAGGCCAGGCCUGCAUGCCCUCGCUGUAGAGCCCUUUAUCAAUACAUAGGUCAAGAUGUUGAUGAACUUAGCUUUAAUGUUAAUGAUGUAAUCGAAAUUCUUCUAGAAGAUCCCACUGGCUGGUGGAAGGGACGAUUUCAUGGAAAAGAAGGGUUGUUUCCAGGAAAUUAUGUACAGAAAAUAUAAUACCAAAGUAUAUUUCAAUAAAAUAUGUACUAAAUAAAGUAAAAUAUGUAUAAUUAAUUAAUAUUAACAUUACAUGAUUUUGUUCCAAUUACCUAUGUGGGCAAAUAUACACUCUGUAUAUAGUUUAA